GAACCGAGGACCACACACCUACAAUUUUCUCCACCUUUUCUAACCUAUUUUCCACCACUUUCAAUCCUAACCUAUAUUUCACGUACAAUUCCAGUCGCACAAAAAACGACAUCCAUGUACAAAAUUUUCACUCUCACGAGACAACACUUUUCCAUCCAUACUUACAGUAAUCCCAUUACAAACCAUUCUAAAUUUUCAGCUUUUUCAAUCACUACAAUCACAAAAAAAAACCUGAUACUCUCCUCUCACAAACAAUUCUCAUGGAAGAACAAGCAGUGAAUCCAAGAGAUCAAAAGGAGAAGUAGAGACAAUCAGAAAUCACGACAUUCAUUGACAAUAUGCACUUCAAAAACACUGUCAAAUUACCAGAAAAUCAAUUGUUGACAGAGAAAUUGGAAGACACGUGAAGCCUCUGAUUAGUAUUUGAUCACCACGGACAGCAAGAUACAAGAAAAUAACAAGACAACACAAUUGGAAGCAGUUCAAAGUCGACAUCGAAACGACGACGGAAAAGCACAAAGAAGAGGAUUCAAAUCGAAGAUCCGACGUAAAGCCGUCGAGCCGCACACGAUCUUCUUCAGCUAUCGCAUAGGACCCUCCAAUGCUUCCGAUGAUCAUUCCUCACCGAGCUCCGCCGUCCCGCAACCAGCUUCUCCGUGACGAGUCACUCCAGAUCUAUGCAGCCCCUCCGCCAUGACUCACGGCCGCCUCCUGCGUUCAAACGAUCAGUCGCGCGCCACCAUGGAGCAAGCACAAGGAUUUGUCGACCAUCACAGCACCGCCGCUCACCAUCGAAUCCGUCACCGGUAACCGCUUUACUUUUUUUUUCUCUUCAUCAAUUGCCAAAGUUUAGUGUUGCAAUUUUGAUUAAGUAUGUUUUUUGGUGUUUAAUUGUGAGGAUUUAGUCUUGUAUUUGUUGAUUUUUGGAUGAGAAAGUGAAGAUGAGAAUGGAAGAGAACGAAGGAGAUAAGACUCAGUAAUCUGUGAUGUGUGUUUUCUCUUUGAUUAUUUAUUGCUCAUAUUUAGCUCCUUUUAUUUAGAAAAUAAUGUUGACAGGUGUAGCGGUAUGUAUUGGUGUGUAGCCAUGAGAUUGAAAAGGUCUAACCAUUUUUAAUAUGAAUUUAUUUUAUUGGUGAUUUUAACAUUGUUUUAAUUUGUGGGCAUUGUGUUGUCAAGCAAUCACAUUUUUAUGGAGAUUUCUACUAAUGUUUAACGUUAGUUUUUGUUUUAUCCUAAUAGGAUUUUAAAAUUUUAAAGUAGUGAGGAUUAACAUCCAUGAAAAAUAUUGUCGUACACGACAUAAAUAUUUUGUUUCAAUUCAUAAUUUAAUUUUGUAUUUUAUUAGAAUUGUUUUUCUUGUUUUAAUUAGAAACUCCUUAGUAUGUAUCAUAUUAUUUGAUGUUUCUAUUUCACUUUCCUACCAUUUUCUUGUUUAUUGCGAGGUACAUUCGAGCUGUUCAUCUAUUCUUGCAAAUAUUCGCAAAUUCAUCCUCAAUCUCCUACCAUCCUGAUCUAACGCACAUAAAGCUGAAGGUUUACCGUGCACCCUUAAAGGCUGCCACAAUGAACCAAAGCUAAGUUCUGAUUUUACACUUAUUUAAAUAUUUGUUAUUUUACCCAUUUUUUUUAGGGUUUACCUUUAAAUAUAAUGAAUUCCGCAUACGCUCAAUUCUUUUUUUUCUGUUUGCCUUUGCUCUGCAAAUUUUUUUCAGGGUUAGCCCCGAGUUCCGGACUGCAAACCAUAUCAGAUCAAAUCCAAAGCUAAGUUCCCUGAUUUUUAUAUUUAUUUAUUUAUUCAUUUAUUUUUUUACCUUAUAAAAUAAAUUAGGGUCUAACUUCAAAAGUCAAUGAACUCUUCCUACACUCACUUCCUAUUACUUUCAUCAAUCGAAGCUAGGUUUCUUUUACCUUUUUAUUUCACUUUAUUGUUAUUAUUAUUGAUUAGGGUUAACCCUAAUUAUCAUUUGAAUCGAUAACGCACUCACCCUCUUUUGUUUUCCAUUUUUCCCACAUUUUCAGGGUUUGUCGAAUGCCAAAGCUACGUCAGUGGUAACCCUAAACCAUCUGUUCUGUUUCUUUUAUUAUUACUUAUGUCAAACCCUAUUAAGGGAUCCGCUGGUUACAAUUUCCCUCCCCAUAUCAGUUUUGAUUAUAUUAUUUAAAUGCGUGGUUAGUAAUCCUAGGGAGUGUAACCUUUGAAUUGAACAUAGAAUCACUAAAUUUACAAGAUAAUAUAUUUGAAUAUAAUCACAUGAUUGGUGCACACACGCACGCUUUUGGGUAUCCUCUCUGUUGCCUUGUUGCCUGUUGCCUUGUUGCCUUGUUGCCUUGUAUUUUGUGCAGAAUAGCCAGUCCCUCGAAUACGAGAAUACCUCAGCCACGUUGCCUCGAUUAAAGGUCAUGGUCCCUAAUGAUGCUGCCUUCGAUACACUAACAUGACCUCGACCCUCGGAAGUAGCCUACGAAAAAGGCUGAGGUAUCUUCUGGUUGCCUACAAAAAAGGCUAUUCUGAUCCUUCCUCUGAGACUACCUGCCUCUUUAUGGCAUGGGUCAGUCUUUGAGCGAAUGAUAAUUCGAUGACCCUUCAACCUCCAAACGAAAGGCUUCCUGCCCUCUCAUGGCAAGGAUAGACCCUUUCAUUCUGAAAGGCUAAAAAGAGACCUAUCAUCUGAGUUUAAGGUAGUUGCCCCUAAUUGCCUUGCAAUGCUCAUCUUUAAUAUUCUUUCUCACAAUUCUUCGAAAACUGGCUACGCUCAUUUACGAGCUAAAGUCCAUUUUUUUUCUUUCAUCUACCUUUUUCUAAAAACAAACGAGCUAACACUACGCCAAAUGUUACAUUUAGCAGCGCAACUACAACAGCGCUUUGAGAGAAAGCGCUGCUAUAGCUUUCACUAAAGACAAAAAUAUAAAACAAGGGGAAUAAAGCGCUGGUAUAUGGGGGUCCUACGAAAGCGCUUUUAAAAAGCGCUGUUAUAGGGUGGGCUACGAAAGCGCUUUAUAGAAGCGCCGGUAUAGGGUGGGCUACGAAAGCGCUUUUAAAAGCGCUGCUAUAGGGGUAGCCUACGAAAGCGCUUUUCCCCUAAAAAGCGCUGGUAUAAGGGGUGUUACUAAAGCGCUUUUCAAAAGCGCUCUCGUAGCUAUUUUAAAAUUAAAUUAAUUAAACUAAUUAACACAAAAACACGUUUUGCCCCAAUUAAUUUCUCAGUCUCUCUUCUUCUCCUCGCGUACCUGAAGCCCUAACCACCUUCAUCACUGUUCUCCGACCGUUCCUCCGCCACGACCUUCAUCUUCAAUUGCAGCUCCGGCCGUCACUCCACCACUACCUUCAUCCACAGUUCUCCGACCGUCCCUCCGCCUCUGGUUCGCCGUCUCAGUCGCUGGUUCGCCGUUCUCAGCCGCUGGUUCGCCGUCACCAGUUACUUUGAAUCCUCUGGUUUCUACUUGUUCAACGCCGAUUCAAACCUACCUGUCUCCCACAUCAAGUCUAACUCAGGUUAAAUGGCUCCGGAUAGAGAUGCUCCACCUGAAAACUCACAAGAAAGAGAUGCUCAAGAAAGAGAUGCCACGGAUACAAAUGCUCCACCUGAUACUGAAGCAAAAGAGGUUGCACGAGGCAUCACUAUCAUGAAGGGAAUCGUUCGACAUAGAGACCAAGGAUUAGUAUACCGAUUGGAAUGGAAUUCUGAUAAACAAGCAAUUGGUCCUAAUUCUGCAAAGUUGACAAGUUAUAUUGGUACACUUGUUCGUAUGCAUAUUCCGGUCUCCGUAGCUAGAUGGAAUCUGAAAAGCGAAGACUUGGAUGCGAAAAAAAAAGCGAUUUGGGACGAGCUUCAGAGGACUUUUGAGAUACCAGAUGAUCGUAGAAGCUACAUACUUGGUUUGGCCGGCAAAAGAUAUAGAGGGUGGAAAGCUUUUUUGACAAACACUUAUCUUAAGGAUAAAGAUGGAAACUUUCUUGAAGAGGCACCGGGACGGCCAAAAAAGUAUGAGAUCUUCAUUGGUGAAGAAGAUUGGGCUAAGUUUGUAGAGCAAAGAGAUGAAGAUUUUCGGAAAAGGAGUGCCAAGAAUAGUGCGAGAGCAUCCAAACCCGCAUAUCCAUACAAAAAAGGGCGUUUGGGAUAUGCACGCUUGGAGGAUAAAAUUUUAGAGGAGACUAAAAGUGAGGAAACCUCACUUCCUGAACAUGUGUUGUGGAGGGAAGCUCGUGUGGGCAAGGAUCAUGCUGUCGAUCCCGAAGUUCAGAGAGUUUUUACUGAAUGUGAGACCUUGUCGCAAUCGGCAUCCACCGGUGAGGGGAGCGUACUUAAUAUAGCACUAGAUGCGCCUGAGUAUCCCGGUCGGGUGAGGGGUAAGGGUCAUGGUGUGACUCCAACCUCUUUUUACAAGAGUCCUAGGAGAAGAAAUCCUUCAAAUGAAGAAGUGUUGCAAAAGUUGGCGGAAUUGCAAGCACAAGUCUCUGAAUUGCAAAGAGAUAAAGAGGCGUAUAUGAGAGAAAAGUGCAACACUUCAAUAUCGGUGAAAGAAACUAGUGAUAAGGCUAGUAUCAACUAUCAAAGGAAAUUUCCCGAGGGCAUUUCAUCUUGCCAACUAUACUUAUCGGAACCGAGUUAUCGACUAGUUGGCAAGGGAAAAGUGCACAACACUUUGGGAGAUUUACUUCACCAUAGACCGCUCCCGGAUGGACACCUCAAAGUAUCGGUGGAUGUUGUAGUAGAUCAUGAUGCGAUGCUACCGGUACCUGACAUGGUCUCAGAGACGACAUUGCUGCGAGAUGCAAUAGGAUCAUUUGUUGCAUGGCCCUCGGAGCUCAUUACCAUUAGUGAUGAGACUGCUCCUAUAAAACCCACAGUUAAGGGUAAAGGGAUUUUACAGGAGGAGGAGUCCGUUGCAUCACUAAAAGAGGCAUCCGCUCGAGAGUCACAACAAGUGACGCAGCAAGUUCGUACCGUACCACCCACUGGUCCUCCGAAGCCAGCGGGAAAAAAAGGCGGUGCUUUUGUGCCUCGGUACCGGUCGACGCUCGCAACAAUGGUUGAUAUGUCCGAUUUGAAGGAUGGUGCUUUACGUGAAAUCGUUAUGGAUGAGAGUGUCUUCGGUAUUGAAUUCAAGUCAUUUAUUACACUUGAUGACUUGAAGGAGAUUUUUAAGCAUGAUCAACUAGGCGUCAAUAACAUGCACUCAUACAUUCGGUUGUUGUAUGACAGAGUGUUGCGCGGGACUCCGUUGUCUAACAGAUUCCGUUUCGUGUCUUCCGCCCACUGCAGCGGAAUGGCAAUUGAUUCGGAACCGGAAUCAGUUAGACAGCGCUUAGUAGGUAGAUUCAUGUCCACCGGCAAUACAGAAUGUCUGCAUCUUUGGGCGUAUAAUACCCGACCAGUAGGAGCACACUGGUUGCUGCUUGCUAUCAACCCUAUAAGGGAAGUCGUGUAUUAUCUGAAUUCGGUAAAUGGUGAAUGGACCAAUUAUCCGGCCAUGAAGGACAUCGUUGAUUUAUCAAUACAAGUGUUCCGAAGUCAACGGGACGCACAGGUAUCCCGAACUAAAUCUAGCAACAUUACUUGGAUCCAAGUGCAGUGUCCGCAACAGAAAAACAGUUACGAUUGCGGAUACUUUGUAUUGAGGUUUAUGAAAGAAAUCCUUCAGGCAAAUCAAUUAGAGAUUCCGCUCACGUACCUUGACGAAUUCCGUGCCGCUGGAUACCCGAGACUUAAGUUGGAAGAAAUAAAAGAGGAUUUGUGUCAUUUUUAUAUUAAGCGCUUUUUCAUGUAGGAUUUGUGUCGAAUUGAAGUACUAUAAUAUUAUUGAUGUUGUAAUGAUGUAUAUAUAUAAUUUUGGAUAUUAUAAUGGUAUUAUAUUAGUAUAUAUAUAUAUUGAAUCUACUGAUGGCUGAAAUAAUAUCGUCGAAAAUAAAUUACA